GAUGGGCCACCACACCGGUAAUGCUCAAUAAAAAAUGAGUUGGUUAUCCAAAAAGACAAAAAAACACAGCGACAACAGACUUCUACAGUAUUCUAUGACCAAUGACCAUUGUUAAUUACAGAUGUAUACUAUCAUGUGGCACCAGACAUGUGCAUAAAUGCAUAGUAUGAGAAUUUAUCUAUAUAGUAAUAGACAAUAGUAUAAUUUAUUGAAAAAUGUAAACUAAAAAUAAACAUGAUUCCCGUGUUCCGUCAUAACGAUGCAGUACACAGAUACUAUUAAUAAUUUCAUUAUCAAUUUACCACUGUCCCUCUCCCUCACCAUCACUCCCUCAUUCUAUUAAUACUUUAUUACAUUCGAUUUGUCAUUAUCACGUUUGCUGUUGAUUGUUGUUGAUGCAUACUCGUCUAGUCUUCACUAGUCGGCAGUCGCGUAUAAUAUCACGCAUUUAUGCAACAUUGUUUUGUAGUUUUGUUGUCUUAACCAUACGUUUAACAGUUUUAACAGUGCAAUUUUAAUUAUUUUGAAUCAUUUUAAACUUGAAUAAUAUUAGUUGUUAAAAAUAUAAUUCAAAUGAAUUCAAAUAAACGUAAAGGUGGUGCAGAGAAAAUCCGAGAGAAAAAAAUGAAACUUUUGGCAUCAGUAGGAGAAAAAUGUACCAAAAUGUAUGAUUUUUUCAAAGUAAAAAAUGAUACACACAACUCAUCAAAUAAGGAGCUUACAGAAUCUACUGGAUCAAGUACUGAAGUCACUGAACAUAGUAUAAAAACUGAUCAGGCUACUGUAGAAAAUGACAAUUUAUCAUUAACAAAUUCUUUUGUGAAACAAUUAGAAACAGAAUCUACAGUUGGAGAGAUAUUUAUACAUACUGGUGCUGAAGUCGCUAAACAUAGUAUAAAAACUGAUCAGGCUACUGUAGAAAAUGACAAUUUAUCAUUAACAAAUUCUUUUGUGAAACAAUUAGAAGCAGAAUCUACAGGUGAAACUUCUAACAUAAACGAUCCAAUUCAUUGUCUACCUACCAACAGACUUGAACUGAAAGAAAGAAUACUCAAAGGGCCUUAUCGUCCAGUUUUGUCAUUAUUCCCAAGAACUAAACAAGGACAAUAUUUCCGGUCAUUUCAAGAAGGUUGGUAUAAAGAAUUCAAAUGGCUUGAAUAUAGUAUUGUAGCUGACACAGUAUUUUGUUUUCCUUGUCGUUGUUUUUCUGGUAAUGAGGGAAACUCAAGUCAAUUAGAAUAUGUUUUUUCUAAAAUUGGUUUUAAAAAUUGGUAUAGAGCUAUAGAUAGGUUUAAAAAACAUCAACAAUCAAAAGCUCAUAUUAACAGCGCUAAAUCAUUAUCUGAAUUUUUAAAUUCUAAAUCUAUUGAUGAAAUAAUAGAUUCUAACAUGAAAUUAGUUGUGCAAAAACGUGAGAUUGAACAGUCUAAUAAUCGUAAAAUUAUGGAACGAUUAAUAAAUAUUACAAUAUGUCUUGCUAAAGGAGGACGACCAUUUCGUGGCCAUAACGAAAAAAAUGAUGGUCACCAGCAAGGUCUCUUCAGAGAAUUAGUCAACUUAUUAGUUAAAUAUGAUAAUGUUUUGAAAAACCAUGUAAAUUUUGGACCUAAAAAUGCUCAAUAUAUUAGCAACAGAAUUCAAAAUGACAUAAUAUUUUCAAUACAUAAAGUUUUAUUGAAAAAAAUUCAGAGUAAUUUACAAAAUUCUUAUGUUUCAAUUAUUGCUGACGAAACAAGUGACAUUGGACAUGAAGAACAAUUGUCAAUAGUUGUUCGUUAUUUUGAUUCUGCAACUUAUCGGCCAGUUGAAAGUUUUAUAACAUUAAAAAGGAUGAUUUCUGUUACUGCUAAUUCAAUUUUUCAAACUGUAGAUGAUGUUCUAACUAUUGAAUUAGGGUUACAAUGGACUUCAGUACUUUCAGUAUGUUUUGAUGGUGCAUCAACAAUGGCAGGGAAUAUUGGAGGAGUUCAAGCAAAAUGCAAAGAAAAGAAUAGUAAUAUUUUAUAUGUGCAUUGUUAUGCACACUGUUUAAACUUAUCAUUAAUUGAUUCUAUAUGCGCUAGUUCUAAUAGUAAAAGAGAUGUUAAGAAAGAUAGAACUGUAUUUAACUUUCUGGGCACUGUCCAGUUUGUUUACUCGUUUAUUGAAGGUAGUCCAAUGCGACAUGCUGUGUUUGAAAAAAUAUCAAAAGAAAAUGGUGAAUCUGUACAAACGUUAAAAUCAUGUUCAACGACCAGAUGGGCAUGUCGAGCAGAAGCCGUAAGUGCUAUUAAAAAUAAUUAUUUGGUAUUACUUAGAACUUUAAAAGAAAUAAUUUCUAAUUGUUCAGUACCUGAAAUGAGAGCCAAAGGUCAAGGCCUCUUAUAUCAACUAAAAAGUUUUAACUUUAUAUUUUGCUUAAAUAUGAUGCACCCCAUUUUGCAAAUUGUAUUAAAAGUAAGUUCUUUUUUACAAACGCCAAACUUGGAAUUAUUAACUGCAAUUGAAUCUAUAAAAUCUUUAAAAGUGUCUUUAAAUUCAUUAAGAAACUCUCCUAUUGAUUAUCAACUUAUUUUUGAAAAUACAGAAAAAAUGUGCAAAGAAAUAAGAUUAGACACUAGAUUUAAACAAGAUACAUUAGACUUAAUACAUGCUGUUGGAAUGUUGACAAAUUUAAGCACUGAGAUAGAAACUACAAGUUAUGAUUUAUUAUCUAAAUAUUUUGGUAUUUUAACUGAAGAAUUGCGCGCUGAAGUUAAAAUUUUAAGUGCUAUUAAAACUAAAACACCAAAGGGAACAAAUUCUGUUUCAGUGUUUAAUUGGCUUGAUUGGUUAAGUCAGUAUGAUAGAUCUUCCAUUUUCAAGCAAUUUUUUUGUUGUCUUAAGAUGUUUACAAUCAUUCCUGUUACGAGCUGUACUUGUGAGCGUACGUUUUCGAAAUUAACUAUUGUCAAGAACAAGUUAAGGAAUACUAUUGGCCAAGAAAGAUUAAAUGCUUUACUUUUUUUAUUUGUUGAACAAGAACUAACUAAUAGUGUUGAUGUAAAUAGUGUGAUUGAUGAAUUUAAACACUCAUUCCCAAUUAAACGUCGGCUUGUAUUAUAA